GCUAACCAACAUGGACAGAACCAAGGGCUGCCAAUUCUUCAUCACAGUGGUGUGUAUGGUGGCGGUGUGCGGGGCCAUUCCCAUCGGAGACCUGCUGGACCGGGCCUCUCAGCGCUCCGACAAGCUGCACUCCCUCAGCACCAUGCUCGCUCAGGAGCUGGAGACACAUUUUCCUCCCCUUGGCCGAAUAUUGAUGCCCCGCCCCUCCACGUGCCACACGUCCACUCUGCAAGGUCCCACUGACAAAGACCAGGCUCUCCAAGUGUCUGAGCACAACCUGAUGUCCCUGGUGCGGUCCCUGCUACAAUCCUGGGCAGACCCUCUGGUGCUGCUGUCUGCUAAUGCUAACACGCUGCCUCACCCAUCCCAGACCAGCAUCGCCAGCAAGAUCCAAGAACUCCUGGAGAACUCCAAGAGUCUGGGGAACGGCCUGGAUAUUGUGUCAGGCAGGAUGGGCCCAGCUGCUCAGGUCAUCUCCAUUUUACCUUAUACUGGGACCACUGACUUUGGCUCAGACAAGGUCUCCAAACUCAUGAACUUCCAAUUCCUGUUGUCCUGCUUCCGUCGAGAUUCUCACAAGAUUGACAGCUUCCUCAAAGUAUUGCGCUGUCGAUCAGCCCAAAUACGGCCUGAGAUGUGUUGAAGGGCCUUUCAACAAUGCUUCAAUGUCCUGCCAGUCAAUAGUGUCUGUUUACUGCCGUCUGUCAAGUAUUUUUAUCCUGGGAAUU